UUGACACGACGUUAUCCAUAAAUAGCAAUAUGCAGUCGUGUAAUCGUAAAUCGUGAUUCUACGGCAUUAGUGUGCGUGUACAAACUAGUAAAUACGAGUGUGGAGUGUUACGAUACUACGACGCCCGUGAGUCGUGACUCUUUCCUGUCGUUCCAAUAGUUGUAGGUAGUCGGUUUCCGGAACGUUCUAAUUUUGGAGCGUGGGAGUACCUGCCUGAAACGCCUACAGUUAACUGAAUAUGAAGACACCACCAGCAGUUUCUACGGCGGACGAAUAACGACCACAUCAGAUCUCAAUGCCUGGCGUAACCAUGUCGUUUAGUAACAUGUCGUGUUCCCGUUGUGGGGAUGGCUUCGAUCCGCACGACAAAAUUGUUAACUCGCAGGGCGAGUUAUGGCAUCCACAGUGUUUUGUAUGCUCUCAGUGUUUCCGGCCAUUCCCUGACGGUCUUUUCUACGAGUUUGAAGGUCGCAAAUACUGUGAACAUGACUUUCAAGUUUUGUUCGCACCCUGUUGUGGUAAAUGUGGUGAAUUCGUCAUUGGACGUGUCAUCAAGGCAAUGUCUGCUUCUUGGCAUCCAGCCUGCUUCUGCUGCGCAGUAUGCAACAAGGAACUAGCUGACCGUGGGUUUGUUCGCAACCGCAAUAGAGCUUUGUGUCAUGAAUGUAAUGCUGCCGAUAAAGCGGUUUUGUCGGGUAGACACAUAUGUUUUAAGUGCCAUGGUGUUAUCGAUGACAAACCAUUACGAUUCAGAGGUGAGGUUUAUCAUGGUUAUCAUUUCAACUGCACAGCUUGUGGUAUUGAACUGAAUUCAGAUGCUCGUGAAUUGAAACAUAGAUCUGGUUAUACAGCUAACGAAAUGAAUGAGUUGUAUUGUUUGCGAUGCCAUGACAAGAUGGGUAUUCCAAUUUGUGGUGCAUGUCGGCGACCCAUUGAAGAACGGGUAGUAACAGCACUAGGAAAACAUUGGCACGUAGAACAUUUUGUUUGUGCAAAGUGUGAAAAACCAUUUUUGGGCCAUAGGCAUUAUGAAAGAAAAGGCUUAGCUUAUUGUGAAACUCAUUAUCAUCAGCUAUUUGGUAACUUAUGCUUUGUUUGCAAUCAAGUAAUUGCUGGUGAUGUGUUUACCGCUUUGAAUAAAGCUUGGUGUGUGCAUCAUUUUGCUUGUUCAUUCUGUGAUCAAAAAAUGACACAAAAGACAAAAUUUUAUGAAUGUGACUUAAAACCAGCAUGUAAAAAGUGCUAUGAAAAGUUUCCAUCAGAAUUCAGGCGUAGAUUACGCAAAGCAUAUGAUAAUACACCAAAAAAAUCUACAUCUGCUUGAAAUUUCCCAUAACUUUUAUAAGUUAUCACAGUAUUUUUAUCGGUAACAUAAUAAAUCAAGAAAUUAAAAUAUUAACAAAUGACAAUCACAAAUUCUAAUAAAUUAGCAACUUUGCUACAUAUAUUAUUGUUAUAGUCGCGUUUGGCAUUAAAUUGUGCUAUCUGUGUAAGCUUGGUGUUUUCUAAACAAUUGGCAAAUUUGUUAGGUUGCAUUAACUUGAAUUUAGAUAAUUAUUUUUAUACACAUAAUUUUUAUUAAAUAUUUGAUGUUUAUUCUUUAAGAAGAUUAUUAAUAAAUUCAUACUUUAUGUAUUA